AUGCCUCAAAUAUUCAACCUUAGUGCCACGUUGAAUGUCUCGCGGCUUUUGUAUAAUCCUGCAUUAUGUCUUCCGCACAUGACCGCAAAAACAUUUGAUCAGUUAUCAAUUCCCUUUCAGAUUCCCAACCACUCAGAUGUGGUUAUCAAAGGAAUUGUUCUCGAUAAGGAUAAUUGCUUUGCCAAGGACCAUGACGACAAAGUUUGGCCAGCAUAUGAGCAAACCUGGACAAAAUUAAAGGAAACUUAUCCCAUACAAAACUUGCUUAUAGUCAGUAAUUCUGCAGGUACAGAUGACGAUUUGAAUAAUCAUCAACAAGCUCAAGUACUCGAGUCCACAACUGGAGUUGCUGUCUUACGCCAUUCUGUUAAGAAACCCGGUUGUUUGGAUGAAAUCAAACAACAUUUUGCAAAAUUGAAUGUCAAACCACUGGAGAUUUUGGUAAUUGGCGACCGAUUAUUCACAGAUAUGUUGAUGGCCAAUAUGAUGGGUAGCUGGGGUUGUUGGAUCAGCCAAGGAGUCGAGUUGAGUCAAAAAAUGUUUCCAAGAUUGGAAAGAGAUAUGUACCAGCGAUUGGUAGUGUCGAGAGGUGAUAAUCCAUGGGUCCCUCCAACACCAUCAAACUAA